AUGAUCAAAAUAUUGAUUUUAUUGGCAUAAUUUCUUGAAUUUUUGUUUUCAGUCUCAUUAUGCACAUUCAUGAAGAUUGGAAGAGAAGAAACCAAAAUGAGUGGCAGAGUUCUAAAGUUUGCUUACAGAGUUGAAAAAAAUCUGCUUUACAACUAUGAAUUCGGACCAUAUACUAAAGUAGGUAAUCACUAAUCAUUAGGAUAUAAGGCUUUGCUUGAUUCCAUUUUUACUACCAACUAUUUGCAAGAAAUUAAUUAAUAUCAAAUCGUCAUUCAGUUUUUAUGAGCUAUUGCUUGCAUUAAUUGAUAUUUUAUCGCUCGUUGAUUAUAUCAAUACAACAGAAUCUUAUCAGAGAUAUUGUCUAGUAUAUACAAUUAGAGUUAUGAGAACUAUGAUGAUGCUGUUUGAAUUAGUUUAGGAAAUUACCAAAAUGGUAAUACUUCACUAUGAGUAAAUUUUGUAGAAUAGAUUAUUAUAUAUGCAACAAAAGAAACAAUCCAUAAAAAACAGCAAUAUUCAAUAACAAUAGUUAUUAUCAAUCCAAUAAUAGCAAAUUCUUAAUGAAGAUUUUGAUUCAGAUGAAUAAUCUAAAUUAAGCAUUAUAAAAAAAUAACAAUAAUAAUAAUCAAUAAUAAAACGAAUAAUAUUUCCACAAAUGAAGAUCCCUUGCUUUUUAUUAAAUUUAAUAAUCAAUUAAUAAUAAUAUUAUAUCUAAAUUAUAGAUCCAUGGAGCUUUGAUAAGUCAUUCUCAUCGAUUUCUAUCAGGGAAUAACUAUUAAUUAUGAUUAAACUUAAUUAUUGUUGCUAAAUAUAUUAAACUUUAAAGAAAACUAAAUGUAAUUAGAAAGCCCUACAUAAGUAUCGAGAGUAAAUAGCAGAAUAUUUAUCUUAAUUAAUUUGGAUGAAUUGA